GCCUGCCGCUUUCCCGUUUGCGGUCGAGUCAUCCCACCAUUCUUUACCGAGUCCGGCAUGGCCUUUCAUGAUGCAAACGAGAAGGAGGACGCGCAUCUCUUUGGAGAUGACCUCGCUCCUUCCUCUUUUAAUCCCUUGCCAUCACUGCAGAUUCGUACCGACUUCACCAAUACACGACCGACCAGCUCGCGAGACUCGGAUUCUCUGUCCCUCUUGUCUAGCAGUAUACCACGACGAACCCCAAGUCUUCGCGCACUCAUCGCUCCUCCUCUGUCCAGCGCUGGAUCUUUGUCUCCGGCGUCGAUUAUAUCCUCGCCGCAGUUGACGGCAAUGGGCGACAUCACACCGUUACCAUCCCCGAUCGGAGGUGCCUCGCCAUGGCGGGGUCCGGGCUUGCCCUCACUGUCCCGCAGCCCGUCCGUGGCGUCGCGGAGUGGCUCAAGCUUGCGACUGAGUGAUUCAUCGCAAAUGCUGGGACCACCCGUCGUGUCCCGAUCACGCGGCAAGACAUACACCGGCAUCGAUAACCACGGGGAGGAAUCACCUGUCGCCACCCGUUUGCGUCGCGAGUCACCCCAUAAGCAUGCGCGCAAUCGCAGUCUGAGCGACUACGCACCCCCUGGUCGGGUAUCCGUCCCACAGCGUCCGAUCGCAGUGUCGGGCACCGCCGGUCUGGGAAUUGUAUCCUCAUCGAGUACCGAUGCCAAGUCCAAUGGGCUUCAUCGCGAACAAUAUCUGGCCGUCCACCGGGGAAUCACUUUGCCCACCAUUCGUCCGCCUAGUCCACCUCGUAGUAGUGGCAGCGGGUAUGGUGACCUUGAUAAUGAACCCGUCAUCCACCAUCCCAAGCCUCUCUCCUCUCCCCAGGAGGUGUAUUCGGUUCGGUCGGUCCGCACACAACAAGCUCGUAUGUAUCAGAAGAUCCGGGCUCUGGGUCAGGGUACGUUUAGUCAGGUUAGCCUGGCAGCGCGCCUGGAGCCUCUUGCUGAAGCCCCUCUCUCCCCGCACAGCGACGGAGGAACUGAGAUCCAAGGCUCGCUCAACACUCAGAAGUUGGUCGCAGUCAAGAUCAUCGAGCAUGGGCCCGCUGGCGGUGCGGAUGAAGGAAGACUGGAGGUGUCACUCAAACGAGAAGUCGAUAUCCUCAAGUCCGUCAAUCAUCCAUCCCUCGUCCAGCUCAAGGCAUUCGGAAGCGACGAGAAGCGGGCCUUGCUCGUUCUGGACUAUUGUCCCGGCGGGGAUCUGUUCGAGUUUGCGACAUCCGGCGCUCCCCCUAUGUCUCCGGGUUUAAUUCGACGCAUCUUCUCCGAGUUGGUGGAUGCUGUGCGCUACCUGCAUGCUAACUACAUAGUCCAUCGGGAUAUAAAGUUAGAAAACGUCCUCCUUACCAUGCCUGCCCAUGUUAUGGAUAACGUGCAAGACUGGCGCACUUACGACCGUGCCGUGGUCACCCUCAGUGACCUUGGUCUGUCGCGACGUAUCCCCGAGCCUCCAGAAAGUCCACUUCUCCAGACUCGGUGUGGCAGCGAAGACUACGCCGCUCCUGAGAUUCUUAUGGGCCAGGCCUACGAUGGCCGCGCGACAGACGCCUGGGCACUUGGUGUCCUGCUCUAUGCCAUCAUGGAGAACCGUCUACCCUUCGACGUCCUCCCUGGCACUCGUGGAGACCCAGCCAAACUUCGUGCUCGCACGCCUCAUCGUAUCGCCCGCUGUGAGUGGACGUGGUACCGAUACGCUGACGAGGACGAAGAGUGGGAUCCCGUGAAGGGCAAGGGACUUGAUGGCGCCCGUGAUUGCGUCGAGGGACUCUUGAAACGCAACACGAAACGCAAGUCUCUGGAUGAAAUCGCCGCUAUGGAAUGGGUGCGCGAUGCGAUCUGUGUGCCCGAUGGGCUGAAACGAGGUGACAAGGAAGUGCCGUAG